UAAGGACUUUUACCAAACCAGUUUUCUGUUUGCCUACAAACAUUUUCUUUAGGAUUGCCCAUUUAGGGGAAAUGACCUCAAAAUGUCCGUCAGGGCUAUUUCUCAGGAAUAACAUGACUUCUACUAAACAAGCCAAAUCAAAGCGAAAUGAAAUUCCACUGCAAUGAGGAGUCCUCAAGCGCCACGCCUACGGGCUGUUUUCCAAACUGCAGCCUCCAGCCACGACUGCAACCGGCAAUCCGCUUUCAUUUCUCAUGAGUCAGCGAACACCAUGUCUUGGAGGACCGAAGAAGGACGCUCUGGCCACGUCAGACGCAGUGCAUGACAUCUAUGGUACAGCCCUUCUAGCCGCGGCAAGCCUCGGGCGCCAGACUCUCUGGUAAUGGAUAGCAAAUCUGCGCGGGAAGUGGGCGUUGGGCGGUAACCGGUGGUGGGUUGUCCUUGGAGUUGACCAAUCACGAUAUGCUGCGGUUAACGGCUCUCAGUCGCCGGAACAGCCUGGACUUCGAGAGGAAGGGGGCGGGUUGGGACGGAGGGGGGCUUUGUGCCUGAACGCUUGAAGCUUCACCAAUCAGCGCACAGCAAGCUGUGAAAGACACCGACAGAAGCCAAUCAGCGCGUCGGCUCCUUUCGGCUCGGCGCUCGCGCCACCCUGGUGGCGACCGUUAGUGGUGGCGCGCGCGGAGACUCAAAUAGGCCAUGGAAGACACCCAGACCAUAGACUGGGCUGCUGAAGAAGAGGAGGAGACAGAGAGAGCCAGUGAAUCCUCUGGGUGUAGUUUGGAGCCUGUUGGGCGGCUGCGUGUGUUUGGCGGUACCUAUGGACCAGAAAAAGAUUUCCCACUGUACCUCGGGAAGAACGUGAUAGGCCGAAUGCCGGACUGCUCUGUGGCCCUGCCCUUCCCGUCCAUUUCCAAACAACACGCAGUGAUUGAAAUCUCAGCACAAGACAAGGCUCCUGUCCUUCAGGACUGUGGGAGCCUCAAUGGUACCCAAAUCCUGAGGCCACCUAAGGUCCUGAGCCCCGGGGCAAGUCACCGUCUGAGGGACCAUGAACUGAUCCUCCUGGCUGACUUGCCCUGCCAGUACUGUCGCCUGGGUGUGCCCCUGCCCGUGGUUUCCCGGGGCCCACUCACCAUAGAGGAGACGCCCAGGGUCCCAGGAGAUGCUCACACAACCAGGCCCCCCUUGGCUGAGGACUCGGAGGAGGAGGCAGAUUUUCUUUCCGAAGGGCGUGUGGGGAGAGAAUCGAGGACCGCAUCUUCCCCUGUGACAGUAGUUCCAGAAAGUGAUGAUGAGGGGCCUUCUCCAGUCCUGGGUGGCUCUGGGCCAUCUCUGGCUUUCAGCCUGGACAGUGACACAGAAGAGGACGAAGCAGGGAAGGCCUUCCCAGCAGCAAGGAGCAGUACCACAACAAAGACAGAACAGCCCAGAGGUGACAGAGUCACACAUGCCACUCGGCUGGUGAAGGCUCCACCUGCAGUGGGAAGGGACAGAGACACAGAAGUCAGGAAGGGUGCAGGGAACAGGGUGGUUCUGGAGAGCAGCCACCCUCCCGGUGGGGACAGUGACUCGGAUGUGGAUGAAGACAGCAGGCCAGCCGAGCUCCUCCUGGAAAGAGCACAGCCUUCUGGCUUUGAAGACAGUGACACCGAUGUGGAAGAAGAGGGUAUCCCUGCAACCCCAGCUGCAGCUCUCAUGACGAGGAGGCCAAUCUUGCACGCAGCAGGUGCAGGACGUCCUGGCGCCCCUGGCUUGGCACGUCUGCCAGAGAGCCCAGCUGGUAGUGACACCGAUGUGGAAGAGCAGAAGUGCCCGGCAGCUGGAGGCCAGACUUCCGUAGUGAUCAACAGUGAUACCGAUGAGGAGGAAGAAGUCUCAGCAGCGCUCACCUUGGCGCAGCUGAAGGAGGGCAGAGCUGCACUGUGGAACAGAGACACAGAUGCAGAAAAGGCCAGAGCCCAGCCUUUGGUCUUGGAGUGGAACCCAACCUCCUCAGGGAGAGACAGCGACACAGACACGGAGGAGGGAAGGCUCCCAGUGGGAAAGAGGGAAACUAUCCCCAGUGCUUCCACAGAAAAGGCUGAGCCACUUGUCACAGCACAGUCAGGAAAGAGCCGACCUCCACGUGGGGACGGUGAGGGAGCAGGGAGGCACUCCCGUGGGACCCGCCUCAAGAGAAGCCAAGCUUGCCCCGCCACGGUGCACAUCAAGACAGAGGCGGAGGAAGAAGUUCCACCAGGACCAGCUGUUACACAUCUGGCAAGCCAUCAUGUGCCUGUGCAGGGGACAAACCGAGCCAGGCCUCCUGGUAAAGCCAACAUGGAGAAGGACCUGGCCUCAGCAGUGGCAGCUGUGAGAAAAAGCCAACGUGUGGCAGAAGGGGAUGCUCGGGAGAUGGCUCCAGAAGUGAGGGCCCCUGGCAGGACACCUGCGGCACAAGGGGAACAGGUGGUACACACAGCCACCCCCAGAGACCCCUCCCUGCUGCAGAGAGGCCGAGCACAGACUCCCACAGGGAGGAGGAAGAAGUCCUGUUUGGCUCGGGUCAGAGGCUCCAAAGACAGCCUAGAUGCAGGCUGCGACGAUCUGGACCUUCAAGCCACCCAGUGCUUCGUGGAGAGUGAGAACCUGCAAGCUGUCCCAGGUGUGGAGGACGAACCCACCCAGGCCUUCCCGUGUGUGCUCUGCCCAGAGCCCAGCACUCCCCACUGCAGCUCUCAGGCCCCAGGUUCACUGGAUGAACCGUGGGAAGUCUUGGCUACACAACCCUUCUGUGUGGGAGCGUCUGAGCACCCUGAGCCUCUGCCCACAGCCACCCUCCUGGAGGCCCACGCGUCUCAUCUGUCUCCACCAAGGGCAGCACAAGACGAGUGUCCAAGGAGCCGAGCUCACACAGAACCACUGGGGACCGAAGGCAGAGGGCUGCGGACUGUGGAGAGAGACAGGGGUACAACAAGAGAAACAGCAGAGAGGGUGACCCCAGAGAGAGGGACCCCAGAGAGAGACAUCACGGAGCAGCCACCAGGAGACAGCGCAGAUGAGUGGGCGGAGGAAACGUUAACUAGGACAGAGGACAGGGAGCAGAAGGUGCAGGUGUUAGCUGGAGCUGCUCAGAGGCCAGAGGCUGACAGAAAGGUGGACAGUGUGAGUCCUGGAAGGGCCAGGGAGAGCCUGGAGGAGGAAGGAGAGACUGCAGAGGACACACAAGAGAGAGACAUGCAGAGGGAGAGCCUCACGAGAGAAGCGCUUGAGGGAGCCGCAGAGGAAUGGGUGCCGGCUACAGAGAGUGGAGUAGAGGCCAGGUCAGCCGUGGCCCUGGAGAGAGGAGAGUCGGAGCGAGGGUAUAGGCGCCCAGAAGGGCAGGGGCACCCGGAAAGGCAGGCUGCCCAAGUAAGCCCAGAGCCUGGAAUGGGGGUGGGACACCAGUCAGGUGGAGUAAGGGGAGCCCCAGUGAGCCCCAGCGGGCAGCCCAGAGGCCACAUGGCUAGCAAGAUGCCACCUGCUGAGAGUACUCCCAGGGACGACCUGGAGUCUCCUGAUGCUGGCCCACCCGCUGCAGUGCCCACAGCCUUGGCCCCACCCUCACCCCCAGCCCCAGGCCCCUGUAUCUCUCAGAGCCGAAAACAGGCUGUACCUCGGCCCCUCCUUCCUUCCCUUCCAUCUUGUGAGCCACCCAUUCCUAGGGCUGGGCGCACUGGGAAGCAGAAGGCUCCAGAGCCUGCCCUGUCCUCAGAGCUGGAGACUCUGCGGCCCAAGCCCACUGCCAGGCGACGGCCGCGGGGCAGGAUGACACCCACUCUGCUUUCCUCUGCUGCCCACACGCCCCACCUUCCUGUGCCCACAGAGCAGCCCGCUGCCUCUGAGCCUGAGCCUCAGACCAGUCUGGCCAGGACACGGAGGUCCUCCAUCAAGACCCCUGAAGCAGCUGAGCCAGCAGCCCCCGAGCUGCAACCGUCCACCUCCACACACCAACCUGUCGCCCCAGAGCCCGCACCUCGGGCCACUCGAAGCAGGGAGAAUAGGUCCUCUGUCAAGACACCUGAAGCGGCUGUCCACACAGCCCCUGAGCUCCGACUUUUCGGCAGCCCCCGAGCUGCAGCCGUCCACCUCCACACACCAGCCUGACACCCGAGAGCCUGUACCUCGGGCCACUCGAAGCAGGGUGAAUAGGUCUUCUGUCAAGACCUCUGAAGUGGCUGACCCAGCAGCCCUUGAGCUACAGCCGUCCACCUCCACACACCAGCCUGUCGUCCCCAAGACCACGCCUCAGGCCACACGGAGCAGGACGUGUAGGUCCUCCAGUGAGACUGUUAAAUCAGUUGAACCAUCAGCCACUGAGCUCAAGCCUCCCACUGUCACAGCCCAGCCUGUCAAAACUGAGACCGUAGCUGAGGACUGGGUGGCCUCCGAGUCCCAGCCCCCUGUCACCACAGACCGGACUGUUCCCCAGGAACCUGACCCUCAGGCCUGCUGCAGCAGGAGACAGAGGGCUGCUGGGAAGCGUGGCUCCCGCACAGCUCCCAUUGUCCAUCAGCCGUGCUCUGAACCUCAAGACCGAGCCUCAGGGGACCAGAGAGCGGGCCGACGAAGAGCAGCUGCAUCCCUUGGGACCAUCCCUGACCCUUCCUUUUCCCCGCUUCCUGAGGCACCCACUCAUGCUCCCCAAAUCCCAAAGGUGGAGGCAGUAGACAGCUCUGGAUCCACCCGAGAGCUCCAGCCUGCAGCCUCUCUACGGCGCAAGAGGCCUUCCCGCAGCACAGAUCCACCCCCUCUUCCAAAGCAACCCCAGAGAGAAGCUUCCCAGAAGACAGUGCUCCCCAAAAAUGAGGAAGACGAUACUGCAGAGAGGCCAGAGAAAGCAGAGGAUGUGGGGAUUCCAGGGCCAGGCAAGAGGAAGAGGACCCAGAUGGAGGAGGAGCCCCAGGAAGUGCCGAAGCGUGGACUCCGAAGGCCCAAACCUACCCUGCAGUCAGCAGCACCCAAAGUUCUCUUCACGGGAGUCCUAGAUGCCCGUGGGGAGCAGGCCGUGCUAGCCCUGGGGGGCAGUCUGGCCAGCUCGGUGGCAGAGGCCUCCCACCUGGUCACUGAUCGCAUCCGCCGAACAGUCAAGUUCCUGUGUGCCCUGGGGAAGGGCAUCCCCGUCCUCUCCCUGGCGUGGCUGCAGCAGUCCCACAAGGCUGGUCACUUCCUGCCCCCGGAUCAGUUUGUGGUGACCGAUCCCGAGCAGGAGAGGAACUUUGGCUUCAGCCUCCGCGAUGCCCUGAGCCGGGCUCGGGAGCGAAGACUGCUGGAGGGCUACGAGAUUCACGUGACCCCUGGGGUCCAGCCCCCGCCACUGCAGAUGGGAGAGAUCGUCAGCUGCUGUGGAGGCACCGUCCUACCCAGCAUGCCCCGCUCCUAUAAGCCCCAGAGAGUGGUGAUCACCUGCCCCCAGGACUUGCCGCGCUGCUCCUCUGCAUCCCGGGCCGGUCUGCCCCUCCUGUCCCCAGAGUUCCUGCUGACGGGGGUACUGAAGCAGGAGGUCAGGCCCGAGGCCUUCGUCCUCUCCGCUCGGGAACCUUCAUCCACUUGAAGAUGCCAGCACACUCCUCCCUCCCCUGUCAGAACACAGCUGCGUUAGAGGAGCUCAGGGCUUUAUAAGAGCAUGGUGUGCAGAUAUGGCUUGUGCUCGAAUGGGGCGGGACCUGAGGCUUUCUGGGAAAACAGAAAGGCAGGAAAGUUUAGAGCCACAGAUGUUCUAAAACAGCCAUAACUGUUAGGUGUGGUGGCGCACACCUGUAAUGCCGGUAUUCGGGGAGGCUGAGGCAGGAAGACUGCAAGGUUGAGCACAACCCUAAGUGACUUAACGAGACCCUGUCGCACAACAAAAAAAAUGUUUAAGGUUUUUUUGUUUGUUCGUUUUUUUUAAGUUUUUGAGACAGGGUCUCUCUAUGUAGU